AUGCACAAUAUGAUAAUCAUUGAUGUAGAUUAUAAUAGAAAUGCAUAUGUUUUUCCAAUACUUCCUGAUGCCGAUAUAGUACAAUUUUUAGAGCAAGUUGUAGAAGGGUUCACAGAUCAAGAUGUAAAGAAACCUACAGUUCAACGUUUAAAUCUUGUAUAUGAUGCUAUACUAAGAGUUACCACUGGAGUUACGAAAGAAGAAUGGGGCAAUAAGGAUUGGAAUGACCAUUUAGAAAAUAGAUUACAUAAUAAAAUCGAUAAUGCUGAAGAACUUUUAGAAAAAAGUGAGGAACUAGUGAAUCGUUAUAAUACACUUGUAGAAAAAGUGAACGAAUUAAAAUCACAACGCAAAGAACAAGAGAAUGAAGUGAAAGUUUAUAUGCAACAAAAUGCAAAUUUAAUGAGUGGAAUGCGUGAAUUGAAAAAAAAGCAAACUGGGUUAUUAAAUGAAAUUGCUACAUUAAAAAACAUUAGAGUUGAUUGGACUGAAAAAAUUAAUAAUACACAUUUCUUGGUGGUGACCGCCAAACAAGUUCUGGAAAAGUUAAAAAGUCGUAUAGUGUUGAACCCCGAAAAAUUGAAACAGACAAUUGAGGAGAUGAAUGAAACUAUGGCACGAGAAAAAGAAACAAUGUUGGGACUUGACAAGAAAGUUCGCGAUAUUCAAACCAAAUUUGAUAUGUUGACUAUCGUUGAGGAGGAAAUUAUUUCUUGUAAUAAAAUGUUAGAUGAUGCUAUAAAUCAAAGGAUUAAAGCUGACAAGGCAAAUAAAGACUUCAGAGAUCUUCAAGCAGAAGCAGAAAACAAACGACAGUUUUUGAGAGAGUAUGUUAAAAAAGAACAAAUUAUAAGCAGACAAAAACUAAAUCUAGAAGAAAGAACUCAACGUCUAAGAGAAAAACAUAAUCAAAGAAUGGCAGAAACCGAAAAAAAGUAUACAGCUUUACAAGCAGAAUAUGAAAAAAUUCUUGAAGAACGCAAAGAAAUUGAACUAAAGGCAGCAGAAGAAAAAAAUAUAUAUAAUGAAACAUUAGCCAAGUGUAAUGAUUUGGUUCAAGCUUGGAAUAAAGAAAAGGCCGAAGUUGAAUCCGAGUUUAAGGCAUUGAAGGAUAGAAUUGAAGGAUAUCAUCAAGAAAUUAUUCUCACGUGUAGGGUUCAUAAAAUUUUUACAGAUAAAGCACCUAAUUUCUAA